AUGUAAUAUUUUUUAAUGAACAUAAAUGAAAUAUUUUUAAUGAAUAUUUAAGGAAAAAAAAAGAUUAAGAAUUCCUUUUCUCUAAUUUCAGGAAUAUAUCUGCAGAAAAAUGAAUUGAAAAAUACGUGACAUUGAAUGCAACCUCAAACAUAAAACUGUUUAUACAACUUCUUGUAUUUUUAACAAUAUUAAACAAAUUUAUUACACUCACCAGGAACAACGAACCUAUAUGGCCGGCAGCCAAACCUUUUUCAGAUCAUCUAACUGUACGGGUGAUCGUUAGUAUAUGACCAUCUUUGACAUGUUUUCGAGCAAUUCAUCAUCUGCACAGUCCAUAUCGUAUUAUGAGGAUUUAGAACAUCUCCAUCAACCAUUAUGGUAAUUCUGAUCCUCUAAAAAAGUGUUUUGAAUGGUCGCUAUAGUAUUAGGCCAUGACUCGCCGACUAAUAGCAAGGCUUUUUGUGCUCGUAUCUGUAUUUUCAGUACAUCGAGCACAACGAACAGAUCAAAAGCCGAACUUCAGAGCUAUGGAGAAAAAAAUUCUUGAUAGUAUCAUCGGUCCAGGAAGAUAUGAUAGUAGGAUUAGACCACUUGGACCAAACAAUUCAACAAAUGGUCCUGCAGUUGUAAGAGUAAAUAUGUUCAUUCGGAGCAUCAGUAAGAUUGAUGAUGUGAAGAUGGAAUACAGCGUACAAAUGACUUUGCGAGAACAGUGGAAAGAUGAAAGAAUGCAGUUUGAUGAUAUGAAUGGUCAGGUUCGAUAUCUAACUUUAACAGACCCUGAUAAGAUUUGGAAACCCGACUUAUUCUUCUCAAACGAAAAAGAAGGCCAUUUUCAUAAUAUAAUCAUGCCAAAUGUUCUACUCCGAAUUUACCCUAAUGGUGACGUCCUUUAUAGUAUAAGAAUAUCAUUGGUACUCUCCUGCCCGAUGGACCUAAAAUACUAUCCCUUGGACAAGCAAACAUGUUCUAUAACAAUGGUCAGCUAUGGAUACACAACAGAGGAUUUAGUAUUCCUGUGGAAAAAAGAAGAGCCAGUUCAACUCGUAAAAACUCUUUACCUUCCGAGGUUUACUCUUGCUGCUUUUCUCACUGAUUACUGUACUAGCAAGACAAAUACAGGAGAAUACAGCUGCCUUAAAGUGGACCUCUUAUUUAAACGUGAAUUCAGCUAUUAUCUAAUCCAGAUUUAUAUUCCAUGCUGUAUGCUCGUCAUCGUCAGUUGGGUGUCUUUCUGGUUGGAUCCUAAUGCCAUUCCAGCUCGAGUCUCCCUCGGCGUCACCACUCUCCUCACCAUGGCGACUCAAAUCUCGGGCAUUAACGCUUCAUUGCCACCAGUAUCUUAUACUAAAGCCAUCGACGUCUGGACAGGAGUGUGCCUGACUUUCGUCUUCGGGGCAUUAUUAGAAUUUGCUCUGGUGAAUUACGCUUCCAGGAAUGAGGACCACAAAAAGCAAGCCAAUCAGCGAAAGUGGGACCUGGAGCGUGCAGCGGCUCUCGAAGCAGAGAGACUUGAGGACGCCGCCACUGCUUUCGGAAUCGGCCCAGCCCCAACGCAGGUGAAGUCCUUAUACAAGUCUAGCAGAUACCAGUACAGACCAGCCUCUUUUCCAAGCCCCCCUGAGUUGGAGAACGAGAAGCCUCUGGUACAGCCGGGAGACCUAAACUCCAUGACAACCAAGUUUCACGAUUGUGAAGUACACAUGCCUGAAAAGCAGCACGGAGUCUUCUUGUGUGGAACAUGGUGGUUUAGUAGGUUCCCGACUCGCUCCAAGAGGAUAGAUGUCUUCUCCAGAAUACUAUUUCCCUUAGCCUUUGCUUUGUUCAAUUUAUUCUAUUGGACCACCUAUCUACUGAGGGACGACAAGGACGAUUACUGAACAAUUUAAGUUUUGCCAAAUCACGCCAAAAUAAUAUGCAGGGAGAUAAGAAAAGCUUGCCAAGAUGAAGGGCAAUGAUACUAACAGAUAUCAUUGUCACAUACGAUUGAAGAGCAGCUGCGGUCGUUGAUGGUAUCAUAAUACCAAUAUUUCACUUUUACGAACAAGAUAUGAUGAUGUCGAAUUACCAAUAGCGAUUCUUAAAUGUGUAAAAUAUCAGAAAUUAUCUGUAUUAUUAAUAUUUAACUGGUGGUGCAAGUUUAACAUGGAGUCUAAACCAUUGAUAAUCUGUCGUUAUAUUUAUAUUUAAAAUGAGAAAAAAUAAGUUCUGAUGUGAAAUCAAUAAAACAGAAUCAAAAAAUUAGGUAUAAAAUCUAAGUUACUACUUCUAUCAAGCAACUGAUCAGUGAUUGUGAAAGUUCAUUUCCGUUUUCAAACCAAAUUCAAUAUAACACAUAAACACAGUACAUUUUCGUAAAAAUGAUUGAUUAUUAAUAAUAUUAUCUGCAACUUUUUCUUUUAGAUCUACCAGUAUAUUAUAAGUCUUUUAUUUUCUUAAUCCACACUUUUUAUGCUUAAAAAUGUUAAGUGAUUAUUAAUAUUAAAAAGAAAAUUACACAGCGUGCAAAAGUCUUUGGCCAAACUCAAUAUUCCAGAUUUUUGAUUCAAAAUGUAGUUAAAAUAAUUCCAUUUCUAUACUUAUUUAGCUUGCUUAUCAACAAGAAAGCUAAAUCAGUGCUUUGAAAAUUUCGUUAAAUCAAAUACAACUUUCAUAUCUAUCAGGUAUUAAAUGUUUUCGAGUUUGACGGUUGACAUCAAAGUAUUGAAUGAAUUUCAUUGUUUAAGGCAAUAAUAUUUAGAUAAAAUGUAAUUUUGACAAGUAGGUUGCGCAUAAUUAUCGUAAUUUUAGAGUUAAUUAGAGUCCUUGUUAAUUAUUAUAAUAAUUUUAUAUGUAUAUACUUUAUAUGUAAUUUUAUAUGUAUAUACAAUUAAUUUAAUAUUGGCAUUUUUUUGUAGAGUUUGAUCUUAAAUGACUCGAAAUAUAAAAAAAGGAAUAUUUAGAGAUUCAGAGAUUCAAAUUUUGUCGAAAGAAGGUUACAUUUACAAUUAAAUAGUAAGAAGAUUAACAAGUCCGAAAUGAAGUGUAAUAUAUAUGUUGGCUCGAUUAAGAACAAUAGAAGCGAACUCUACAAAAAAAAUGCAAAUGACAGCUAAAAUGCGAUCCACGGUUGACUAAAAACUUUUGCUCGCAAUUGUAUGUUCGUUAACAUAAU